AGGAUUGACUUUAGUGGUGGAAAUUGUGUGCGAAAAGCGUCGUCGCUCCAGUGAAUUUGUAAUUUUUACAUCACCAUCCCUUAUUCAAUGCUGCGGAAUUUACCGCCUUCAUUGAGUUAAGAAAUUCCGCAAAAUCAAUGCUAAAUUUCUUCUGAGAAUUUGUGUGUGGGAUGUGAUUCGUUUUUUUUUUCGUGAAAUAAACUUUGGUGCAAAGUUUAUGGUGCAUAGCAAUAUAUAGAAUAUACAUACAUACAUAUAUGUAGAUAAGCUCUUGUGAGAGACAUCCUUUUGAGUGAAUAAAAGUUUCACUGAAACUGCAAUAAUUUAGAGUGAGCGUGCCGAAAGGAGGACAAUACUUGAGAAAAAAAUCCAUAAACUAUUGAGUUCAACCCCUUUCAACCACAUUAUAUACAUAUUUAUUUAUGUAUGGAAUGUAAAGUGAAAUACUAUAAAAAAAACUUCAAACAAUGUGCCAUAGAAAAAUAUUUUACAUUGAUUAGCUUUCAGUGAGAGAUGAGAAUAUCUUUAGUUUGUUGGUAAUUCUGUACGUGGAACCUAUGUAGUUUGUGCCUUCGUGUGACUACCAAGGGUUUUACAAAGUACUCUAUAUAGUAUAGAGUUUAUUAGAAGCCAGCAUUAACUACCUACUUCCACCCCCUACCAUUGAGAGUAAACAGUGUCACUCAAAGCAUUAAGACGAUACUAUGGGAUAUAGCACAUUAUGACAAUAAUAAGAUUUAAUAUCGAAUCAGCAUUGUACUUCGUGACUUCAGCAUGAGCUCUCGUCACGCCCUCUACACCGUCGAGGUGGGUGAUACCAAAUUCACGAUCCUGAAGAGAUAUCAAAAUUUAAAGCCCAUAGGUUCAGGAGCCCAGGGUAUAGUUUGUGCUGCUUAUGAUACAGUGACCCAGCAGAAUGUGGCGAUUAAGAAGCUGUCGAGACCAUUUCAGAACGUCACGCACGCCAAACGAGCCUACAGGGAGUUCAAACUUAUGAAAUUAGUCAAUCACAAAAAUAUCAUUGGACUGCUAAAUGCAUUCACGCCACAGCGUACACUCGAGGAAUUUCAGGAUGUCUACUUGGUCAUGGAACUUAUGGAUGCAAAUCUAUGCCAAGUCAUCCAAAUGGACUUGGACCAUGAGCGAAUGUCAUAUCUACUGUACCAAAUGUUGUGCGGGAUAAAGCAUCUCCACUCGGCGGGAAUAAUACACAGAGACUUGAAGCCAUCCAAUAUUGUGGUCAAGUCAGACUGCACGCUUAAGAUCCUAGAUUUUGGACUAGCCCGCACGGCUGGUACAACCUUCAUGAUGACACCAUAUGUCGUCACGAGGUACUACAGAGCACCAGAAGUGAUUCUUGGUAUGGGAUACCAUGAGAAUGUGGACAUUUGGUCCGUUGGCUGCAUUAUGGGGGAAAUGAUUCGUGGUGGGGUUUUGUUCCCCGGAACAGAUCACAUUGAUCAAUGGAAUAAGAUCAUUGAACAACUGGGUACACCAUCAGCAUCAUUUAUGGCACGUUUGCAACCGACUGUUCGCAACUACGUGGAGAAUAGACCACGCUAUACUGGCUACCAAUUUGACAAGCUCUUCCCGGAUGUCCUCUUUCCGAGUGACUCCAGCGAGCAUAGUCGUCUAAGGGCGAGCCAGGCACGUGAUCUCCUCAGCAGGAUGCUUGUCGUCGAUCCGGAGCACCGGAUUUCGGUUGAUCAAGCCUUAGUCCAUAGUUACAUUAAUGUCUGGUAUGAUGAGAGUGAGGUGAAUGCGCCGGCACCAGGUCCAUAUGACCACAGUGUUGAUGAGCGAGAGCACACAGUUGAGCAAUGGAAGGAGCUCAUCUAUCAAGAGGUAAUGGAAUACGAAGCGCGCAGUAAUAAUGCAGACACUACCGAUGGUAAUCCGCGGUAGAGGGAACUACAAACAAAAGAGCGACACAGUGACGCCCCUGUCCGUGCCCUCUAGCAAUAGUAAUAAAAGAUUUAAGUGUACAUAAUAAGUUUUUGAUUAUUGAAUAGAAAUCAAGAAUGGAAAGCACACACUGAUGGGGUUUACAAGGACGAGACGGUUCUGGUUAAAAGGAAAAACUUAACACGUGCGCAUUGUGCUACUGUAGGUAUUUAAAAAGAAAAAUUUAACGGAAAAGAAGCAGCAAAGUCACUCAAAAAUGUAAAAAAAAAAUAAAGAAACUUAAAAUUUACAUUGAAAAUAAAAGGACGUGCCGAAGCGCUUUAGUUAUGGUUGAGUAAAAAAAUACGCAAUGGUUUCACGAACUAAGGCACGACCAGAACUAGAGGAAAGAGGCACGUUGAUGAGAGAAAAAAAACUCUGCAACAGAGAAUGUUUAAAACUAAAAAAAAAAACAAAUAAUAAAGGAAUCAGAUAGUAAUAAAUAGAAUACCAAUAGUAAAAAAAAACAUAAAGAGUAUACUUUUUCCGGUGAAAUGGGGAUAAAUUUAAUUUUUUGGUUUUUAUCAGUGCAAUAGAAAAGGUGAAAAAAAAUGAUUAGCAUUAGCACACAGUUUGUAUUGAUGAAAAAAAUAAUUAUAAAUGUGAUUUUAUAGUGCAACAGUGAUUAUAGUAAGAAAUUAGAAGGAUUUAUCCGCGAGAAAUCCAACAAAAAACAACUUUUAAUAAAAUCUAUAAAAAAUGAAAAAACUUUCCCAAAUUAGAGCAAAAAACUUACACUGUAAAUUCCAUAUACAGUAAAACAAUUUCAAAAAAUCUUUUCAUAAGAAUGUGAAACACAAAUGGAUACAAUGAUGAAACAUGUCCUAUUUACGGAGAAGAAAAGGAUACAUUGUGGCAUUUCUGCUGAUGGGAAUUUUUAUUGAUUAGUAGUUUGAAAGGAUUUGGGUUUUGAAUGCACAAAAUCAGUCUGGAAUUUUGUAUUAAUUUCAUUGCAAAAAAAAAACAAACUUUGUGAGGUUAUGUCUUGUGAUUUUAAUGUUUCAAGGGAUUUGCUGUUAAACCUGUUAAACCAAAAUUAUUUUUGAGCGUUUAAUGGCUUCUAAAAGCGUCUGAUUCUAAAAGACUGAAUUUCUGAGGUAAUUCAAGAAAGCAAAAAGAGAAAAAAUAUAAAAAAAGAUUUAAUUUAUGGUCGCUCGUGUCAUUGUCUUUUUUCAAAUGAAACAUACACAGGAAAUAUUUAUUCUUGUUGAGGAUCCAAAAUCAGUCAAAAAUCGACAAAUAUAUUCACGUUUUUCCAUUGAGAUCAAUUGAGAAAAAUUCAGUGAAUAUUUGUUUAAAAAUGCAUGAAAAACAUUCAUGAAACAUACGUGCUGAUGUUUCAUCGGUGACGCAUUUUUGAAACAUUUUUAAGAUCGUUCUACAAGAUCAUGUUUGUUUCUUAGAGCUAAAAUGACACGAAUGACCAUGAUUAGGCAUCUUCAAUAAGAGAAUAAAAUUAAAGUCUUACAAACAAGAUGACGCCAAUAAAACAUAACCUCAGAAAUGAAAUUUUCUCAAUGAAUUUUGCAAAGUUCCAGCAUUUUUGAUUAAGUCGAUUAGAUAGAUAAGGCCAAUACGACAAUCAAGCGUCCACAAAACAAACUUCAAUGGCCAAGGGAAUUUAAUUUAAUUCAUGCAGAGAGAAUGAGAAAAAAAAGCAACCUAACCUGAAGAAAUUCCUAACCUCAAAAAUUCAAAGAAAGAAUAUUCAAAUUUUACAAGGAACAUAAUGAUGGCAAAAGAAAGUCUCCAAAAUGAAUCCCAAAAAAAAUCUUAAGAGAAAGGAAAAAUAAAUGUAAAAAGCAAGAAUAUAAAGAUUUGCAAAAAAGAAGAAAAAAUAGUCAACUUAACUGUUGUUUUAGAUGUUUUUGUAGAAGAGACUCAUGACAAAAGAACGAGUGAAAGAAAAACUGCGUCUCCGGACAGAGACUAAAACUGGAUUUAUAAAUUAAAUAAAUUAUACAAUAUAUUAAUAAUUUUUAAAUAUUUGUAGCCAUAGUGUAGGUCAUAAUAAACUUAUACAUAAAGGGGAUGAGAAAAGUGAGAAGGAAAUAUUGACUAGCCACAUACAAUAAAUUUAAAAAAAAAAUGAAAAAUUUAGCAAGAGAAAUCAUAAACAGGCGUCUCUGUUUCUUCAUAACUUAUAUUGGACAUUUUAGGUAAUGUACACAACAAAUUUGGUGUGUAUGUUCUUUAUUUUUGUGAGUAUAUAUACAUUUAGAAUAUGUGUUUAUAUAACUUCUUUGAGAAGUUUCCGCGAAAAGAAAAAAAUGUUUUACGAAAGACACGCAAAGUUUUUCAAAAAUAAAAAUAAUAAAAAAAUUAUAAAUAAUUUCAUUGAAUCUCAAAAUGAAAUCCUUUUAAAAAUUCUUUUAAAAAUCCCUUUUCUUUAAUAUCUGUUAAUUUUUAAUAAUUAAUUUUAUCAAAGCUUGUUUUAAAGUCAAAAAUAAUCUUUGAUAAAUUGAAAAAAAAAAAAAAAAACAAAUAAAAAUUAACAGAAAAUUUAAAUUCACAAAAAUAGUAAAAAUUAUUUUUGGAAAGAAAGUAUAAUUUCAAAAUAUAAAAUCAGUGAGGAAUCUAUAGAGGUGAACCUGCUGUAAGUAUAGUAAAACUUUAAAUGAAGAAAAAAUGGCAAAAAUUCUAAUUGCAUUUACACCUAAACUGCUUAAACUUACACAACAUAAUGUGAAUUCGUUUUUUUUUUAUUACAAAAUCAACAAAAAAUAAUGAUAGAAAAUAGAAUAAAAAUGAAUUUUUAGUUUUUGAAAUCGGAAGGUUUUCUCUAAAAUAAAAUAUAAAAAAAAUUUUACUGCAAAGUCUUCCUGCCCCCCAUGAAGAAUUUUACGUUAAAAUUCAAAGUAAAAAAAAUCCGCAAGAUCGGUCAAUAUAACUAAGAAAAAAAAAUAGAGAAAACAAUAAAAUAAAAAAAUAUAAAAUUAUCUUAAUAUGAAAAAUAAAUCACAAGAGAUUAUAGUGAAGAGAAAAAAAAUCAAUGACAACAGUCAACUUAAAUAGCGUGAAAAAAAAUGAGAAAAAAAAGAUUUAUAUAAAGGAAACAUAAAAAUAUUUAAUAAACGUCCAAUUAUAGAAAAGAAUAAAGGAAAAGAAAAAAAAGCUUCAUCCAUAGACAUUAUAUUGGAGAGAAUGAUGUAAUAAAAGAAAGAAAACUGAACAAAAAAAAAUAAAUUGCAAAUUUGAAAUAACAAGUAUUUUUAAAUAUUCAGCUGAUUAAUAAAGAAAAAUUUUUAAAAAAAAUCCUUAAUAAAACUUAGCAAAGGUAAAACUCUUUCACAAAAACUAUUCCCUUUUUCCUAUAUAACUUUUCAUUUUCUCUUUCAUUAAAUUUUCCCUUCUAUUAAAAGUCUGUUUUUGUGUAGAUCCGAAAAUGAAAUUUUUGAGAUUUUUAAAAAUGUAGAAGAGCAUUUUUGUUUUUAGUUUUCUUUUCCAUAGAACCGAGAGAUGUUUUCCAUUUAGAAAUUUUCAAAGUUCUAUUUUAGAGUCACUACUUUUAAAUAAAUAAAACUGUAAUUAUGAUUAAAAAAUUUACAAAUCUAAGAGAGAUGGUGAAAAAAACCGUGAAAGAAUACUUGAGAUUGUAUGUGAAUAAAUAAAAAGAAUGAAAACUUGGAGAUAAA